AGCAAUUGUAUCCAAAAGCGAGCCUAUGUGUUUACCAAAGCCAAAGCCAUUGAAGAGAACGCUAACUGGGCCCUGGUAGAUGUUAAGUCACUGCUCCUCUUAGCUAUUAAUGUGUACAUUAACAUUACAUUAAGUUAACUGGAGUCAAUCUCAUCCAACGGCGUGGAUGUGCCAGUAAACCAUAGCCACAAGCUUCCACGAGCGUUUAAAGGCCGUUUGAUCCAGUACGUGGACGGUCCAGAUGAUGGCGUCCAUCCAAAAUCCUCUAUCCCAGACCUAGGUCUUUGGAGUGGAGGAAGAAUGGCGAUUGCUGUGGUGGACGCGUCAGGUACGUGCACGUCUUCUAUGUUUUGCCCCGCGGCAGCUGCGUCGUCCUCGAGCGUCGCAUUCGCAGCGUUGCCUUCUCCAUCCUCGUCGUCGACAAGAAUCAGCGCGUCGUGGAGGAAAUCCGCGAGCUUGAAAUCGCAGCGGAGAGGCGGCACAGGCACGGGAGCUCUCAGGCGCCGAUUCUCGGCCGCUUGCAUCGUUUCCGAGACCAAGGAAGCCUCUCCAGCUGGAGCUGUGGAUGACACGACCUUUAAAUCUCUAGUGCUCGAGUCUGAGAUUCCCGUUUUGGUGGACUUCUGGGCUCCCUGGUGCGGGCCGUGCCGGAUGCUGGACCCGGUGAUCGACAGCAUUGCCGAGAAAUACAAGGGCAGGAUCAAGUGUUACAAAGUUAACACCGAUGACAGCUCCAAGACUGCAACGGAGCUGGGAAUUCGCAGCAUCCCGACGUGCAUGAUCUUCAAGCAAGGCGAGAGAUUGGACACUGUCAUAGGCUGCGUUCCGGAGACCACUUUGAUUACCACCAUCGAGAAGUACAUAUGAAGCAAACAGGGGGGUAUAGCCUUUGACGUUUGCAGCUUGUUGCUCAUCCGACCAGCCAAGAAGCCGAGAGAAAAUAAUUACUUUGGUCAAUUGAGCAUCUUCUGUAUUAUACUUUGUCUACCUUCAUUGCCAAGACAAAUUUUAUAUUUAAUCUUGUUGAUAUA